AUGGUUGAAACUGGCAUGCCAGUCAUUCAGGAGUCCUCAUCCACCACCUCAGCCACGUCAACAAGCGUUCCUCUGCCCAAAAACUCGUCCUUGAGGCCCUCAGCCUCAUCAAGCGACAAUACUGAAAAUCCCAACCAGAAACAGAAAAAAGUUUGGGAUUAUUAUUCGGAUGAAGCGCCCUCAAGACCCUCGGAACAGUCAGAAGCAGACAAUGCUUUGAAACCAUCAAGCUCGAUCGGCUCACUCUCCUCCUCCUCUAAUACCCAUACUAAAAAUAACAUCACCCCACACUUGAAUAAAUGUGACAAGAAGAGCCGGCCUGAAGACAUUCAGGUUUGUUGCAGAGAAUUAAGAGGCGAUGAUGAGCGACAUCUCAUCAACCCUGAUAUCGUUCGCGAUGUAAUCAUCGGCUUGAGUGAUGGCUUGACUGUUCCAUUUGGGCUCACCGCUGGUCUCUCAUCGCUUGGAUCAUCCCGUCUGGUGGUAGUUGGAGGAAUAGCUGAACUAAUCUCUGGAGCGAUUUCGAUGGGGGUCGGGGGAUAUUUAGCCUCAGAAGCCGAACGAGAUCAUUUCAAGUAUCUCCAAAAGACCACCAAGGAGCGAGUGGCAAGGUCGUGCUCUGGGGAGAUGGAGCGAGAGGUGCACGAAGUUCUUGGGCCGAUGGGCUUGGACGAAUCGAUCUCACGUACCGUUGCCGCAGCACUCCUUCGGGCCGAGUCGGAAGCCGACGAAUGUAUCGACCGCACGGCAGAGCCAGCAGGGGAAAGUACGGCACGUUGGCUUUUGAGAUGCUUGGGUCGUCAACCCAAAUUUUUCAAGCAGAUCGAUGGAGGCAACCAGCAGCUCAGAUGGGCUAAAGACAUCGGCAUCACCCCCUUCUUGUUGAAAUUCGGCGAAGGCUUAGAAGAAGUUCCAGAGUCUCGCCUCUACAUUUCCGCCCUAACUAUCGGCUUGUCGUACUUUAUUGGUGGUCUUGUGCCCAUGGGACCUUAUUUCUUUAUUGAGUCAGCUCAGAUCGCAUUAUACUGGAGUAUCGCGAUCAUGUUUAUAACUUUGCUAAUUUUUGGUGUAUUUAAAGCGUACUUUACAGGUGCUAAGAUAGGCUUUGUAGGCUACCUAAAAGCGAGUUCUGCGACGAUCGUUGUGGGUGGGGCUGCCGCUGCCGCAAGUUGGUUAAUAGUCAAAGUUCUCGAGAAGCCUUGA